AUGGCGGCUAAAGCUGAGCCAAUUGGUCCACGAAAUGGCCACGAAUUGGCGCCACUCAAUACAAGAUCUGAUGGAAGUGAGCGACCUCAUGGGGUCACAAUAGUACUUCAAGGAUCGAGGGGAUCUCUACAGCGAGAAAUUCCUGGUGAAGACCGAGCUGCUUGGUCCGGAAAACUGCAGUUUUUCCUGUCUAUCAUCGGUUACUCAGUCGGCCUGGGAAACAUUUGGCGAUUUCCAUACCUUUGUCAACAAAAUGGCGGAGGUGCGUUCCUGAUCCCUUUUCUCAUAAUGUUAGUGCUGGAGGGCAUACCGCUCUUUCUGAUAGAGAUGGCUAUCGGUCAGAAGAUGCGACUUGGCUCCCUUGGAGUUUGGAACACCAUACACCCGUGGCUUGGCGGCAUCGGUAUCUCAAGCUGCAUCGUCACGCUAUUUGUGGCCUUAUAUUAUAAUGUUAUUAUCACGUGGGUCUUCUUCUACCUGUUUAACAGUAUACGGUUGUCAGCGGACCAACUACCCUGGGCUCACUGUCCUCAAGACAACAGUUCCGCAGAAAUAGAAUGUAACAAGGCAUCAGCAACGGUCUACUACUGGUACAGAGAGGCUCUGGACGCGUCUCCAAGUAUCGAGGAGCCCGGCGUGCCUCGCUGGUGGAUCGUCCUGUAUCUCUUGUUGGCUUGGACCAUCGUAUUCUUUAUUGUAAUGAAAGGCAUCCAGAGCAGUGGUAAAGUCGUUUACUUUACAUCGCUGUUCCCCUACGCGGUGCUGACAAUAUUUUUCGUUCGAGGCAUCACACUACCCGGCUCUUCUGAUGGAAUUCUGCACAUGUAUAAACCGAAACUGGAAAAACUGCUCGAUCCCACUGUUUGGUUGGACGCGGCGACUCAAGUGUUCUACUCUUUCGGUCUUGCUUUUGGGUCCCUGAUUGCCUUCGGAUCUUACAACCCACCCAACAACAACUGCGUGAGGGAUGUACUCCUGGUGUCAGUGUGCAACGCUCUCACUGCCAUUUACGCUUCCGUGGUUAUCUUCAGCAUUCUUGGCUUCAAGGCAUAUACAAUGGUUGAGAAGUGCAUAACCAAGGAGGUAAAAGUGCUAGCUAUGCACCAAAUCGGCGGUUUUACAUUGAACUCUACGUUCGACUACUACCAAGAGGAGUAUCCUAAUUUGAAUUCUACCGUCACCUCAUCCUUGAACCUCACCGGCUGCGCUAUGAGCAGGCAGUUGGAAGAAGCGGCAGAAGGCACUGGCCUCGCCUUCAUAGUGUUCACCCAAGCUAUACUCAAAUUAACACCAGCGCCAUUUUGGUCAAUCAUAUUCUUCCUGAUGCUCUUAUCACUCGGUUUGGGAAGUCAGAUUGGAAUCAUGGAGGGCAUGCUGUGCACCAUCUUCGAUAUAGAUUUCUUUAAGAGGAUGAGCAAGCCCGUUAUAACCGGUGCAGUGUGCACUUUCUGUUUCCUAGUGGGGCUGAUAUUCACGACCGGAGCUGGAGAGUACUGGCUCAAGAUGUUCGACUCCUUCGCCGGUACCAUUGGUCUCGUCGUUGUCGCGCUGCUUGAGAUGGUCGCUGUUGUUUACAUCUAUGGGCACGAGAAAUUCUCAAACGACAUCUACGAGAUGACAGGCUACCGUCCUGGAUGGUAUUGGCAAAUUACUUGGCGUUACGUUGGGCCGUUUAUCGUCACCUGCAUUCUGCUCUCUUCUCUCGUCUUUAUGCUGAUCAACCCACCGACUUAUGGUGCUUGGAAUGCUGCAGAGGGUCGCGUAGAGAGAACCCCGUAUCCAAACUGGGUACUGGGUAUUGCCGGCGCCAUGAUCCUCGCGGGCGUGCUGCCGAUACCACUGGUGCUGGUGCUGCGCCGCUUCCAGUGCCUUGCGUUCGACGUGGACAUACACCAAGGCUCCAUACGCAGGAUUGAGACCACCGUUUCAACCAAGGAGAUGAUGAGCGAUCAGGAUGUGCUAUCGCCCGAGAACGCGCCUCCGGCCCCGGCCCAGCUCGUCGCAGAAGCUGCCGGCACUAAAUUCACUAUUGGAGACUUCGACGGGGUGGACAGCAGCGACGAGAGGCCGAGCAAACGCCUUCCAACAAGCAUCGCGCGAAGCCGACCCAAGAAAUAG